UUAGUUUAUUCUUGUUUAUUUUUGUGAGAAAAGCUAUUUAUUCUUGGGGUUUGGCGAAUAAAAUUGUUUAUUCUCUGGGUUUUUUUAAUGAGAAAAAGGGUCUAUUCCGGCGUUUUGAUGAUGAAAAGAAAUUCGUUUUGGUUCUUUUGAAAAUGAGGAACAUGAUGUAUUCGUAGUUUUUGAUGAGGAAAGUGGUUUAUUUUUGCGUUUUUCUUGAGGAAAAAAAAAUUCAUUUUCGGCUUUUAAGGAAGAAAAUUGUUUAUUUGUGGGUUUUUAUGAGGAUAAUGACUUAUACUAGGAGGGUUUGAUGAGGAAAAUGGUUUAUUCUUGGGGUUUGAUAAUAAAACUGUUUAUUCUUGCUUUUUAUGAGGACAGUUGUUUAGUCUUGCGGGUUUUGUGAUAAAAAUGUGUUUAUUUUUUGCUUUUUAUGAGGGAAAUGGUUUAUUUACGUGGUUUAUUCUGGAGCUUUCAUGAGGAAAAUGGGCUCGAUGAGGAAAGUUUAUUCUUGGUUAUUUAGUAUUCUUAUAUUUUUGUUUAUAUUCUUGGUUAAUUUAUGAGAAAAUUUAUUUUUGGAGUUUUGGUUAAUUAAAUAGUUUAUUAUUGGUAAUUUAAUAAGAAAAAUCAACUUAUUUUGGGCUUUUAGUGAGGAAAAUGUUUUGGGUUUUUUUAUUCACCCUUUCCUCAUGCUCAAACAAAAUUUUUUGGAUCCUGAUUUUCUGUGGAAUAAUCAAAGGAGAAGAUAAGGGAGGAUAAAAAGUGGAAUUCAAUGACUGGAUUUUAAUUAUUAUUGGAAUUUAAAUAUUAGAAUGUAACCCCUGGAAUUUAACUGGAAUUCCACCAGUCAGAUUAACCUACUGGAAUUUUAACCACAUGAAUUUUCACUUGCCAUAAUUGAACUAAAAAAUAAGCACCAAAAUAUAUUGCAGCUUCCAGAUGCUUGUAUUUUUUUAAUAUAAAAUAUAUAAAAAAUAAAUAUUUGCUAGGAAAGCUGGAGAUCUUUGAUACCUCAAGGGGUAAUUUGCAUAUGUUCUAGAUGAAUAUUCAAAAUAUUCGUGAAUAUUCAUGAGCUGUAGCAACACCGAGGAGCGGGAAUCCCUUUUCCAGGGAAUUUUAAAAGGCAGGAUUGAUCCUUUGCCUCUCUCCCGUGAGUAAGGAAAGAAAACAUGGAAUUUAAUGAGGCUGGACAGGGUCAGAACAGGUUGGACCAGCUGGAGCAGCCUCUCCAUCCCUGGAAUUAUUCCAGGUGUGGCUGGAAUAAUGGAGCUUGGAGCAACCUGGGGUAGGGAAAGGUGUCCCUGCCUAUGGAAUGAGAUGAAUUUAAGGUUCAUCCCAACCCAAACCAUUCCAUGAUUUUGGGUUUUUUUUGGUGAAAUCUCAUCCUGGGAGGGUUUAGUGGAGAAGGCAGAGCUGGACUUUUCCCAUGGAAGCACAGUGAGGGAACCAGGGAUGAGCAGGAAUGCGGGUAACCGGGUUAGGUGGAAUUUUGAAUCACCGCGAGGGUGAUUAAACACCUGGAAAAAGGGAGCAGGGAAGUUUUGGGAGAGGCUCAAACUCACCCGGGCGAGGCUUUGAGCGUGGGGUUCCAUCCAAAACCUCUCCCAACCCUCGGAUUCUUCGGGAAUUCUUCGCCAACACUCACAAAUCCCCGCUGCUGUGACUCUCCCAACCCAGGGGGACCUGCCAUGUCCAACCUCCCGCCUCUGGCAGCCGACAGGAAUUGCUUCUACAUCCUGACUGAGGACUGUGCCUAUGGAAACAAGUACUUCCAAGCCGGGAACCUGUGCUUCUGCAGCGAGAGGAGCUACCUGCGGAAUUUUUCCGAGGAUGGGCCCCCGGCUUGCUUCCUGAAGGUCAUCAUGCUGGACGACAGCUCCACGGUCACCAUCAACCUGGGAAUCCUGCAGCCCGUGCGCCAGGAAGCCGCCGGGUUCCUGCUGGCCAUCGGGAGCCACAGCGAGCGCUUGCAUUUUUUCCUGGAGAGGCAGAGCCUGGAGGGAGCUCUCCGAGCCGUGCCGGGUCAAAAUGUGAUGGUGGAGGUGGAGAGGGAAUUUUUCCCGGGAGUCGUGCGCUACAUCGGGAGCAUCUACAAGCCCAGCUUGGCUGUGCUGACCCCGGUGUUUUUUGGGGUGGAAUUGCAGGGAGAGGGGGAAAACAGAGGGAGAAGUGAUGGGUCCUACCACGGCACCGAGUACUUCAAGUGCAAGAGGAACUGUGGGAUCUUCCUGCCCUUCAGCAAAAUCCAGUUUAUUCCCACAUCAGGCAACGAUUAUGGGAAGCAGAAGCUGGGAAAACAGGACACGGAGGAGGUGGUUCCCGUGAAAGUGGGAGACGCCGUGAGCUUCUUCGUGGAUGAGAUCCCCACCAAAGGAAUUGCCAUGGCAGUUUACAGGGAAGGGAGCAAAUGGUUUGUGAAGGUUUGCCCGGUAAGAGCAGCUUUUCCAUGGGGAUUUUUUGGGGAUUUUAUAGGAAAAAAUGACAUUGUGGUUGGAUGUGCAAGAGCAAUAGAAGAAAUAUCCAAAAGGGAUGUGAGGUUCUGUGUAAACUUUGUUAAAAAAAAUCCCUUAUAUUCCAGUGUUCAGCUGAUGUGUUUUUCCCUAGCUGAUGGGAUUUUUCACUCCUUCCAGGAAGAAGAAGGAACGACUGACAUUUUCAGGGAAAUCCCCAUGGAAUCUGUUGUGAAGGAGAGCUUGCAAAGUUUUCUCCCAAUGUUCAACUCCGACAUGGGCUUUGGAAAACCAAACCAAACGAAAGGAGAAAUCAGCGAGAGCAGCGAGGAAGGGGAAGGUGGGAAUUCACCCCUGGAAGUGAAUUCCAUGGUCCAGAUUACCUUGGACAAGGGGAAUCAAGUUUCAGGAAUCAUCCGCUGGUUGGGCUACCUGCCCCAAAUCAAGGAAAAAAUGGCUGGAGUUGAACUGGAUGAAGACAAGGGGGUGACAGCUGGAGAGUGGCUGGGCAGGUCCUACUUCCACUGCGCCCCGAAGCGCGGCCUCUUCGUGAGGCUGAACUCCUGCCAGCCCGACGUGCGCUUCCAGAGCUUCCCCAGCUCCGAGCUGUCCCUGGGGGAUUUCAGAGGACAAGAAGUUCUUCCGGAGGGUGCAGAGAGUUUUCCUCCCCUCAGGAAUGAGGCAGCAGUCCGUGUUCUCCAAGGGCGGAUGAAGGGCAUCCAAGGCCAUUGUAAUUCCUGCUACAUGGAUGCAGCUCUCUUCAGCCUCUUCUCCUGUACCUCCGUGCUGGACUCCAUGCUCUUCAUGCCCUUCCCACUGUGUGACAGGAAUGUCCAGGGAAUUCUGCGGGAUGAGAUCGUCAAUCCCCUCCGUAGGAGUGGCUUUGUCAGGGCCAGCAGUGUGAUGCACCUCCGGGAGCAGCUCACGGACAAGGGCCAGUGCUCCAGCUUUACCAACGCUGAGAAAGAUCCUGAGGAGUUCCUCAAUCUCAUAAUGCAGCAGAUCCUGGGAAUUGAGCCACUACUAAAACUCCAGUCAGGAGGCCAGGAGCAGGGAUGUUACUGCUACCAGAUAUUUAUGGAUAAACAGGAGGAUUUGGUGGUUCCUGACGUGCAGCAGUUGGUGGAACGCUCCUUCCUGUCCUCAGAUCUGAAGCUGGUGGAGAUCCCAUCUUGCUUCAUUAUCCAAAUGCCACGUUUUGGGAAGGAAUAUAAAAUGUUCAGCAAAAUCAUCCCUUCCUUGGAGCUGGAUAUAACAGAUCUGCUGCUGGACAGUCCCAGGGAAUGCUGCCUGUGUGGGGAUGUUGCCACUCUGGAAUGCUCAGAGUGUUUCAAGGACAAAGUGUUUGCAGCCACGGGCCUGAAGCAGUUCUGCAGCUCCUGCUCCAAACAGGUUCACUCCCAUCGCCGCCGCAAAGCGCACAAACCCAGGAAGCUGCACAUUCCAGAGGAAUUCCAGAGCUGGAGCACCCGGGGCUGCCAGCAGGUGCCUCGGGAGAAGCUGGAGCUGUUUGCAGUGCUCUGCAUCGAGACCAGUCACUACGUGUCCUUCGUGAAAUACGGCCCUGGCAACGAGCACUGGAUGUUCUUCGACAGCAUGGCCGACCGGCACGGUGGUGAAAACGGCUUCAACAUUCCCACGGUGACGCUGUGCCCGGAAAUCGCCAAAUACCUGGACUUGCCCCUGGCUGUGCUGGCCCUGGAGCAGCCUCGGGACAUGGAUGGGGUGGCCAAACGCCUCUUUUGUGACGCCUACAUGUACCUGUACCAGAGCAGGAAAAUGGCACUUUACAAGUGACACUGUCCCAGAGCUGAUGGCAAGGAGCAACGUCAGGAAUGGGAGCUUGGAUCAUCCCAGAAGGUGGAAGCAGCCAAGUCCGGAUGCUCUGAGCUGCCUCUUCUCGCCUCUCUCGGUGUCAAAUUGUCCAAGCCAGGCUGGGUUAGUUAAAUCCUGGGCUUUAUCCAGUGGUUGGUACUUGGGCACAGCUGGACUUGGAAUUAUUGAUGUUCAAAUUCAUUCUUAUUCCCCACAAUCCAUAAUUCUCCCUCUCCAGGUACUCUGCAGCCGGAGCAUCCCCACAUCCUUGUUUCCCUGCCAUUCCUUCCUUCCAAAGCUGAGGACCAGCAGAAAUCAAAACACAAGGAAUUAUCCACAGGUUUACCAAGAAACCACAACCAUUCCUAAAACACCCUCACCCACAUUUGUGGAGUGAGGAAAAUCAGGCCAGGAUUGAUUUUCCUCACCUGUGUCCCUCAAUUCCCUGCAGUUCCCUUAUCCAGCACGAACUGGCACUUUUACCCGCCAUCCCUUAUUUCCAAUCAUGGAUAUCCUGAGCUGAAGCUAUGCUUUAAAAAUAGAUAUUUUUUUCAAGAACAAAACUGGAAGGAGGGUGGGAGCAGAGGAGCAACAUCUGGGCUCCUGCUGCUUCCUCUUUUUGGCAAAAUCUGCACAGGAUUCAGUGUUACAACCUCACUUCCAGCACUUUCUGUCCCAUCUUUGCAUCCACGUCCAAGUUCUGGGGUCAAAUACCAGAAUUCCAAGGGCAAAAAUAGAAAAAAAAUAAAAACGAGCACUCCGGGAUUUUCUGCAGGAGGUUUUAGGGUUUGGGUGCGAACUGAUGUUCCUUAAGUUAAAUUAAUUUCUGUACUUGGGGGUUCCCUGCUAUUAAGUGGGAAGUUGAGUCAGUGGGAUGCCCAAAUUCCACAAAAACCUCAAGGAAAGCAUCCGGGAUUCCCAGAUGUGCAGGUUUAACCCUGUUCCUCUCUUUUCCUCCCCUCUUUAAUGCAGAGUGGAGUAAUUUUAACAAAGCCUGGAGCUUUGGAUCGGUCCUGGUGGCUUGGGAUGCGUGGUUUGGGAUCUUUCUGGCAUUCCAGGUGUUGCCAGCAGGUCCUGGAGAGAUUCUUUCCCUCUGCUCAGCUCUGAUAGGUCACACCUGGAAUAUUGGGUCCAAUCUGGGGCUCCCUGGUUCAUGAGAGACAAAAUCCAAGGAAAAACCACAGAGAUGAUGAAGGGACUGGAGCAUCUCCUAUGAGGAGAUGCUGAGGGAGCUGGAAUUGCCCAGCCUGGAGGCAAAAAAAGGCUCAGGAAUCUCCUCAAUGUCCAUAAAUACCUGAGGAGAAAGUGCAGAGACACCCAGGAGCUUCUCUGCCCACCAAAAUGGUUCCUAAACAUCAGGAAUUGCAUCUGUGAGGGUGACAAAUGCUGGCCCAGGUCACUCUCCUUCUUCUUCAUUCCUCCUCUCCCAAAAACUCAGGAAAAUCUCUACUCAGGUACAAUGGACUCCUCAUCUUUGGUGCUUUGCUUAAAAAAAUAAUGUAAUUUUUAGCAAACUGA